AUGGAGAAAACAGUAACACAAGUUCUUAAACUUCUAGAGAGGGUCGCCUAUCAUAACUAUGAGUGGACAAAUGAAAGGGAAGACACAAGAAGAAUAGCAAAGAUCCUAGAAGUGGAUGCCUUAAAGGAAUGCAGUGCCAUAUUGCAAAAUAAGCUGCCACCAAAGUUGAAGGAUCCAAGAAGCUUUUCCAUACCUUGUCUUAUUGGCAACAUGAAGAUAGACAAGGCACUCUAUGAUCUAGGUGCAAGUUCUGUCAAGUACCUGGUGGGCAUCCUAGAAAACAUCCCCAUCAAGGUGAGAAAAUUCUUCAUCCCUGUUGAUUUUGUUGUCCUAAAAAUGGAAAAGGAUGUCCAAAUUCCUAUCAUCCUGGGAAGACCUUUCUUGACAACCGCCGAAGCUAUCAUAGAUGUUAAAAAUGGGCGGUUAACACUCAAGGUAGGAGAUGAAGAUGUGGAAUUUAACCUGUUCAAAGCAGUAAAGCAUAAACUUAAACCUGAUGAAUGCUUAAAGGUUAACAUAACUGAUAAGCUAGUUGAAGAGGAAUUGCACAAAACACAUCCUGAAGAUCCUUUAGAAGCAUGCAUAAUGCACUGCCACACAACAGAUAAUGAAAACACAGAAAUUACAGCUUUUGCACAAUCUUUAGAAGCUAGCCUAUCUCUACCCUUAGCUCAAGCUCUCUAA